AGCGAGACAGCAGCAUCGUGCCUUGAUUUGUUCCAGCUUUCAACCUUGAGCCAGGGUGCAGGGGGUGGGCUGGACACUUGUUUUGGUUCCUCCUCCCUUUCUGGGAAGCCUUCGAUUCCUCUUUGAGAACCCUCCCCAUUUCUCCCCCCCCUCCCUGGGCUAUAUCAGCUGGAGGCAAGGAGUUUGCUGCAGUCAGCCUUGGCCAGAUUCUGAUCCCGACCACAGGAGACGGACAGCUCCACUGACUGAAUGCUGAGCUCUUCUACAGCUGCCUGCUUGACACCUACCUAGGACAGGGUUCCAUACUGGAGUGAAGAACAGCAGAAAGCACCACACGGGAAAAAGAGGGAGGAGCAUUCCUUGGCCGUUUCUUUCCACAGCUCCAGUCGCCAUGAAGGCUUUCUUGGGAAUCUUUGUACUCUCGGUGCUUCUAACUUUAGGUUCCUCUUUGGAGUGUGAAACGUGUGUGGGUCAAGGCACCACCUGCUCUGGGAAAAAACAGACCUGCCCUUCUGGCCAAGACGGCUGCAUCGUUGCUGUGACUGAACUCACUGCAGGUUCAGCAAAGGUGGCCAGCAUCAUGAAGGGCUGCUACGAAAAGGCUGCCUGCAAAGAAUUAAAACCUGGAGCCUCUGCGAGCUUUGGAGGAGCUGGAGCCAGUAUUAAAACUGUUGAAUGUAGCAAAGCCCCAGUAUCAUCCGGAUCCUUCCUCCUGGCUCUGUCUGGGCUUCUGCUCCUGAAGUUACUCUUGUAAGGCGCUUCUCUGCCAGCGGCACAGCCCUGAAAAAUGCUUCCACCUUGCUUCUAUGCAAUGUUCCCUAGAAUCCGUCAUCUGGUCCUUCCAAGAGAUUACCGUCUUCUUUCCCCCCCUCUACUUCUUAUGUGCAAAUUAUAUAAUAAAACACAAAGCUCUGUUUCUAUAUGCACAGUAUAACAUUGAUUACAUGCAGUGUCAAGUUAAAUACAGUCUGCAUUAAAAAAAAGAAAACUAUGAAGAGAAACAAAAUGAGAAAGAAGUAUCCAGUCUUCUUAUACUAUCACACCAGUUGUAAACUUUAAUGUCAACUCUGUUUGUUUCCAAAGGUCAAUAAACAGUCUGCAAAAUUUCA